GUCGAGUCCUUGGAAACUUCAAAUAGCCCGGACACCGAAGCCGCUCACAACACUGGUAUACACCAUGACCCUGGAUUGGUCACCACCAGCACCCAAGAUUAGCAAGCUAGGGAGCGGCACCGCCGCCACGAUGGUGGUGGUCAGGUUCUUCAGUUCUGCACUGUCCACAUGCAUAUCGCACACGUCCGCUCUUUCGGCUUCGACAAGCUGUAUAAGACAGCUAUCUCCGUCCCCGAUCAACGGUCAACUUUGAGACUUCGUGAUCACAACAAUCUCCAACGACAAGAACCUCUUCGCUACGUUUCAGUCCUAUACCCUUAUCCUACCCCAAGCUUCAUCCACGUCAAGACGUAAAUCUGUACACGGUCCAUCCACAUCCAUCUGCACAAGUGCGAGCUUUACCCAGCCUCCCCGUAAAUAGCAAGGGAGAAUAUCAGUAUGGAAUUCUGGCCGCCAUCAAAUUCCUUCUCUCAUAGCAGCCAUCUCUACGAUACAUACGACAUGUCCUCGAGUUCGAGUAUAAGCGCAUCCCCCACAAUAUCGGAGUUAGAUCUUUAUCCCCCGCCGCUUUACAAUUCAGCCUUCAGCCCUAUUCCUGAUGACCUGAGCUUCAACUAUCCGAUACCACUGACGCCGAGCGAUUUUGGAUCACCUGAGGAUGGUCCGUUGUACAGCCCGCGCUCAACCCUCGCCCAUCCCCUGCCCCACCCACCCGCCGAGAAAACACAUGCGACCAGCGGAGUAAGUGGCCUUCCGUCACAAAAGCAGCAAUCAAUGCUAAGAAUUUACGUCAAGCGGAGAAGGGCCCAGAACCGCGCUGCUCAACGUGCCUUCCGCGAGCGAAAAGAAAAGCAUGCUCGCGAUCUGGAGCAGAAGCUGGCCGAACUUACGGUAAAAUACCAAAGUCUUGAGACGUCCCACUCAGAGCUUACUGCCGCAUACGAGAAGCUGCAGAAGACCCUCGAAAUCCUCACGCAGAAGGAAGAAGUUGAGGGCGGCGGUCGAAGUGCAGAAACACUACGCAAGUUUCUGACGAUACUGCAUGGGGAGCUUAGGCUUAAGGCCGAGAGCGAGGAUAAAUUGUGAUGAAAUGUAUAUGUGCCAUGUACCAACUUUUUUUUUCCAGCGUUCAAAGCAUACGAUCGGCGAUCUUCGGUGGAUAAUUUGACUUUAAUGCUGCCGUCCACCAGCGGGUUGACGAGCCAUCCUGAUGACGAUUUCACGACCCAAUUGCGACCAUGGCACACGGAUCAUAGGUGAAAGUUGCAUUGCUCGAUCGAUAUUCGACAAUUGUGGCUAGUAGCCUCGCCUCACGGCUAAUCAAACCCGCCUUCUUCCGCCUGACAGAAUGAAUCAUUGAUAGCAUAGCAACCUUCUGGGUGCUCAUCCCGAGCUUUACUCGGCCUCAAAUGCAAUAUCAACUCAAAUAUCUGAAA